GAUGGAAAAAACAUAAGUCGAGGUUCUUGCGUGUUAAAACUUUUGGAACUGCAAUCAACAACAUCAUCGCCAGCAAUUGCAUCAACAACAAUUACAUCAACAACAACAAUUAUAUCAACAAUUACAUCAACAACAUCAUCAUCACCAACAACAACACCAUCACCACCUUUGUUAUUAUCUAGAAGUCAAGAGCAGAGUAACAACACCAUACCGACCACAUUACUCAUAAAGUUGUUCGUUAUCCCAUCUAGCACUGUGCUCGCGAUUUUAGAUACGGCAUCAUCAACAUCGGCAGCAUCAAAUCUUCUAUUCCUAAUUCUUUAAAAAAACUAUAUUAUUAAAUCGAUUGAGAUUUUUAGGAAGAAAAGAGAAAGAAAGAGAAUCUGUUGUUAAAAUUUUGGCACCAUUUAGUUUGAUCGGUUGUUUAUUGAAGAGAUGUUGGUGAAGGUGAAAGAAGGAUGUGAUGUCACAACAGUCAUCGUCUUCGUCUCCAUCUUUUGUUCUUUUAUCUUCAUUUGUUCUUCGGCGGAUGCUACAGAUUACAUGAUACAAAGUCAUGAAAUGAACGAGGAUAGGACUCUGGGAUCCUCAAUCAAUUUUCUGUGCAAUGUUAAUGCUCCAUUGAAAGCGAUGAACCACAAAGCAUACUGGCUACACGAGGGACGCUUGAUAGCGGACCUCGGCAAUCCCAGCCCCCUCUACCCGCAGUUCAAGCACGGCUACAAGGACCAAUCAACCAUUUUUUUGAAAAUCGAUCCUAUUAGUAUGAAGGACGCUGGUGCCUACAAGUGUCAGAUCAAUAUAAUUUUUAAUGACGUGGACUCCAAGGAACUCAGUCAGACGCACAUCUUGGUCGUUAUGGUGCCGCCUAAAUUGAAGCCGUUCGAGAACACGAGCAUAUCAUUGAGUGAGGGCAGUAGCUACUCAGUCAAAUGUGAACUGACCGACGGCCUGCCUCCACCAGAAAUAACCUGGUUCAAACAGGCCCCAACAUUCGAUGGAGAUGAUGACUACGGCAUUCCCCAAGAAAACGAAACAUUAUGGAUUGAAAGAGCCACAUUAGAAGAUGGCGGUAUAUACACAUGCAUGGCUCUCAACAGAGCUGGUAACGUCAGACAAUCAAUCGUCAUUAAAAUUCUUCAUAGACCCCUCUUGAUAGAUGCUUCCCCCUCCCCAAUACACUCUGGUCCGGGGUACACCACAGUCCUCUUCUGUAUUUUCUACGCGGCACCCAAUGCAACGGUGCAAUGGCAUUUCAAGGGCAGAAUAAUUCAACUUGUUAACGUUCCUAACAAUCGAUUCCAAGCCUCUAUACAAAAAAUAGAGAUGAUGGAAACGUACAGGUACGUACUGACAAUCACUAAAAUGAAUAUAACUGACUUCGGUACGUAUGAGUGCGUGGCUAGGAACAAAUUGGGACCUAAUAAAGAUAGGAAACUUAUUGAAGUCAGCGCUAAACCAGCUAUGUUGAAGAUUAUAAGUUUGAGUCACAACAACACGUACAGUGACAGGUACACUCUGGAAUGGUCGGUUGCUUCGUACUCACAUCUCACAAGUUUUCAUGCUCUAAUUCAUUUAAUAAAUGGUACAAAGGAGAUAGUUUAUCAGAACAUAACCAUCGAACCGAACAAUUUGCGUCUACCACUUUAUUACUCAACCAUCACAGAAACCAAAGAGAAUUAUCACCAGUCUGCAGUCAUCACUAAUUUGCCAGAAUCAAGCAAGUUUAGCAUUCAAAUGAUGGCCGUAAACAAGUACGGAGCCACAGACUGGACUGACGUAGGCUACUUCCAAACAGUGGCGGGUGGACGAUCAUCUGCCGUUAGCAGUGUCUUAAUUGCGUGCGCCGCCCUUCUAAUGGCUCUGUUAAACAAAUGAUCAUUAUGCCACACUUAUUCGAACAAUAAUUUUUAACGAAAAAAAGUAAAAUGUUUUUCCUGUUAAUUCAUUAAAACAAUUACAUACAUUUUUUCAUAAAUUCUCAAUAAAUUAUUUUUAUAAAGUGUU